CGCGCGGGCAGCCGUGUUAUUGGCAUUUCGGCCGAUGUGAGGAGCAUCGACUCGUUGAAGACUGCCGUUGCGCGCACAGUGGCUGAACUCGGCCGCAUCGAUUUUCUGAUUGCUGGAGCAGCAGGCAAUUUCCUGGCUAAUUUCGACGAUCUGUCCGCCAAUGCGUUUAAGUCUGUCAUCGACAUCGAUCUUCUAGGCAGCUUUAAUGCAAGCAAGGCGUAUGCCGAAGAACUCAAGAAGAAUCGGGGACGAAUUAUCUACCUUUCUGCCACAAUGCACUACAUCGGCUUACCGCUGCAAACCCACGCUGUAGCUGCAAAGGCCGGCGUGGACGCUUUGAGCUCGCAGAUGUGUAUAGAAUAUGGGCCGUACGGAGUGACUUCUAACCAGGCUCAUAACAUGGCCAGGUUAUCCCCCCCCGGCCCGAUUGCUGAUACCGAGGGCGUCAGCCGACUCAGCGACACAGCAGGACUGGUGACUACUCAAAGGCGAAUUCCGCUUCAACGUUUCGGCUCGGUCUCGGAAAUAGCAGAUGCAACCGUAUUCUUAUUCAGUGACGCGGCCAAGUAUAUUUCAGGGGUAGCGAUCCCAGUAGAUGGCGGAUAG